AUGUCAGAACCAACAUCGGAUGCACCAACCAAGUCUGAAGAAGAAUUGAAGAAGGAAGCAAAGCUCAGAGCUGCUAAAUUGAAGGCUAUGGCUCUCAAAAAGAGCAAGGCAGCCAAAGAAGGAGGAGCAACUGAGUCUGCUGCCGCAACCACUGAAGGAGCAACUACAACUACAGAAGGAGGAGAGGCAUCCACUGAAUCAAAAGCAACAACUACUACAGCAAAGACCUUUGAUUUGAAGGGUAAGAAACGAUUUGAAGUGAAGAAGUGGAACGCUGUUGCUUUGUGGGGUUGGGAUAUCGUCGUCGACUCUUGUGCUAUUUGCCGUAACCAUAUCAUGGAACUUUGUAUUGAGUGCACUGCAAAUCAACAAUCGGCUACAAGUGAAGAAUGUACAGUCGCUUGGGGAGUUUGUAACCAUGCUUUCCACUUCCACUGUAUUUCGAGAUGGUUGAAGACCAGACACGUUUGUCCUUUGUGCAAUUGUGAAUGGGACUUCCAAAAGUACGGAAAAUAA